AUGUUGUUCUUUCUGCUGGAGUUUAUCUUGCUGAAUACACUCCUCUACAGUGGACAGACUCAAGAUGCUGUGCUGAGGCUUGAGCCCAACUGGUCCACUUUUUUUACUGGAGAAUCUGUUACCUUCAUAUGUGACAUGAAGGAAGGAAAAGACACUGACUGGGAAUACACAAUCAACAAGAAUGAUCAAGAAUUUGUUCCCUACAAUACACAUAAAGACUACACAUUAACUCUGUCUACAGGCUACAGUGGUAAAUACCAGUGCACUGGUCGCCACAAGAGCUCAGGUUUCAUAAAAAACAGUAACAUCAUUUCUUUGACCAUAUCAGAGAAACCCAAGGCCACACUGACACCAGGCCCAACAACCAUACCAGUAGGAGGCAGUGUGACACUGACCUGCUCUGUGAAGGGCUCUGCUGGAUGGAAAUAUGAGUGGUACAGAAGUUCAGGCUCCUCUCAUACUCUGCUUGUGAGAGACGGUGCAAUAAACAAAGUGAUCAGUGUCUCACAAGGAGGCACCUACUGGUGCCGAGGAGGCAGAGGAAAACCAGUCUUCUACUCUUAUCCAAGUCAUGAUGUCUCCAUUGAGAUAACUUUUUCCAAUGUGAGAGUCAGUGUGACUCUGCAGCACAGCUGGCCUCAGAUAUUCACUGGAGAGACGAUCACUGUCAGAUGUGAGAUCCAGGGAGGUGGAGACACUGAGUGGGAGUAUGAAUGGAGAACUACCAGCUCAGACAAACCUCCAAAUCAACAUGAAUACAGGAUUUAUUAUGCUUCAUCAUCUCACAGUGGAAACUAUGAGUGUAGAGGCAGAAAGAAAAGUUCACAACAGUCUUCAACAAAGUGGAGCGAUUCCUUCAAUUUGACAGUAUAUGACAAUAAACCUCAGCCUGUCCUCACUGUGUCUCCC